CAAGGGUCCAUAAGUAUUCGUCGUUUAACCGCCUCGAUCAGCCCCGGUUGGCGCGAGUCAGCGGUCGCACGUCGCCGCGGCCAGCCGAAGCACGCUCUUUCUUCGGCUUUGUCGGCGUACACACAUGGCCCAGCCCAAAGCCGUGCGCGCCGCCGCCGUGCCGGACAUCGCCGCGCAGCUCGACCUCGCCUCCGCGUGCAUCAACGGCGCCGAGUCGAUGAUGGCGGCGCCGGCUGCCGGGGGGAGGCCGCCGCUGGUGGUGGUCGGCCACCGUGGGAAGGGGAUGAACGCGCUGGCGUCCCCGGACGAGCGGCUGCGCGAGGUGAAGGAGAACUCGGUGCGGUCCUUCAACGACGCCGCGCGCGUCGCCGGCGUCGGCUACGUCGAGUUCGACGUCCAGGUGACCAAAGAUGGCUGCCCGGUCGUCUUCCACGACAAUUUUAUCUUCACCGAACAAGAUGGCAAAAUCUGCGGGAAGCGCGUCACUGAUCUUCCACUGGUCGAGUUCCUCUCCUACGGCCCUCAGAAGGACCAGGACAAGGUCGGGAGGCCAUUGCUGCGGAAGCUCAAGGACGGCAGGACACUGAGGUGGGACGUGCGUUCCGACGAACCCCUCUGCACGCUGCGGGAGGCGUUCGAGGGCGUCGACACGCGCGUCGGCUUCAAUGUCGAGCUCAAGUUUGACGAUGAUCUCGUGUACCAGGAGGAGGAGCUCGCCGGCGUCCUGCAAGCCAUCCUAAAGGUUGUUUUUGAGCAUGCCAAGGACAGGCCCGUCAUUUUCUCCAGCUUCCAGCCCGACGCCGCGCAGCUUAUGCGAAGACUGCAAGACCAGUACCCUGUUUACUUCCUGACGGUUGGAGGGACGCAGCUCCACGCCGACGCACGGCGGAACUCGCUGGAGGAGGCUGUCAGGCUGUGCCGCGCCGGCGGCCUGCAGGGCAUCGUGUCGGAGGCCAGGGCGGUGUUCCGGCACCCGUCGGCGGUAGCCAGGGUCAAGGAGUCCGACCUCUCCCUGCUCACCUACGGGCAGCUCAACAACGUGCCGGAGGCGGUGUACAUGCAGCACCUGAUGGGGGUGGACGGCGUGAUCGUCGACCUGGUGCAGGAGAUCGCCGAGGCCGUCUCGGAGUUCGCGGCCGUGGUGGCGCCGGAGCCCAGCCCCGAAGAAGGCCAGGCCGGGAGGUUGGGACCGGAUAGGGCUGCGCCGGCGAAGAAGACGCCCAACUUCUCGCAGCGGGAGAUUUCCUUCCUGCUGAGGCUCAUACCCGAGCUCGUACAGUAGCGCGUCUUCUUCUCGGAUAGUACUGUAAUAUCCACGGUGCGCCCGUGUAGGUUGACCAAUCUUUGACACCUCGGAACUGAAACCCCAAGGCCCGGAUGCGGCAUGUAAAUCAGGGCCACCACGACCCGUCCGAUUGUUUGCAUCAAGGUGAAAUCCACCAGUUUCUGUGUGCA